GCCGCUUUGAGCCUCGUUGCCUCUCCCUACCGGACCAUGUCUCGGCGACUGACCGAAGAGCUGUCAGGCCUGUCAGCGGCCCUGCUUCGGCCAGACAACGGGAGCCAGAGUUGAGAGAUAUCUUGAGUGGGAGACGUUCCCUGUUUUGCGAUGGGCCUUAUUCUAACUUGUCAGGUUGGCUUCGAUCUCGAAUGGCACCCAAGAGGUCUUCAGAAGAGUGGAGGCAGGAUCCUCUUGGAUGUCUUGGAGUGUGGAAAGCGUCGUCAACAAGAGUGCCCACUUCCCAUAUCAAUUCCACUUUCCAGCUUCUCGCCAAGAGAUAUAUUGAGGUCAAAAAGCUCACGCAAUCAGAUGGAUUGUGGCCAUCCUUUCAGCCCCCUUGCUGCCCCUGGCGGUUUCCUGCCGGGUUGUUGAUCUCGGACGAGCUGUCCGAUUCUCACCAGCUCUUACAGCGCCUGCCCCCGUCUUAUCCGUCCUCCUGCUCUCCCAUCCUAUCGCUUCUCGCCGACCCAAAUUCGUGGUUGCAAAGCUGCCUUGUUCCGGAUACAGCAGUUGACAGGAUCCAGUCCCGUCGUCUGGUUGCAUCGCUGGCCCAAUCACCCAGACGUCGACCAAUUGCAGACCUACCCUACGUCAUUGACACAUUCCAAGCUUUACCUACUACACACUACACUAUUCCCUAAUACCUACCCAGCAGCUGUCACCUCAACUGCCGCCGAUAUCUUCGCUGCGUGCGCGACACAGAUCAGAUUGCGAAAAGGAAGAUCGUACACCAGAACCGUUCCGAGAGCUGUUGUUGUGCCACUUGACGGCCGCUUCCCGUCCUACCUACACCAUCUUCCAUUUAGGGGCAGGCACAGUGCACCGUCUGACGACCACAGGCGCAUCUUUAAUACCUAACUUUCCCCCCACCCCCCACCUACACCACCUUCCUCCCAUCCCUCACGCUAUCUGCGCCACGAUCCAUCCAUUGACCGUUGGCAGCCCGUUCUUUUUCGAUUUUCUCGUAUACCAGAGCGAGACCCGGGGCAGCUGUGCGAGAUCUCCCUCUCCAAUUUUCAAUUGGGGGGUUUUUUUUUUCUUUAUUUUUUUGAGCUGCGGCAUUACAUUCGUUUGCUUCUUCGACCCUUGGUAGUUGGAAUUGGAGUUGGAGAACUGGAAUUGGAAUCGAAAUUUGGAGACUACCCAUCUUAGCAUCCCUCGCUCCAGCCAUGGCUCCGUCCCUCUUCAACUUUAAGGAACUGCGGAGGCGGUCCAGGCAAAGCUUCCGGACCGAACGAUCGACCGAUACGUCUAGCGACGCCAGUAACGGUACUACUCCUACUUCCGGGUCCUCGACGCCGCCAUCGAUCGGCCAGCAAUCCGAUCCCGCUUUGAAUCUGCAAUUGGCAGACAAAUUCCUCUCCCCGUCCUCUGCCGGUCUCUCACGCCCAUCAGCCCAGCCAUACCCCAACGGUGGCAGCAACCGAUACAGCGUAUCAGGCAUGGCAGGUCUUGGGUCACCUGUUUCAAACGGCGGGAAGGGCCCAAGUUUGCCGGUGUCCCAGUACUCGCCCCGGAUCACAAAUGUGCCAGACAAUUCCUGGGCAUAUCAAAAGAUUUUGUUGGUCUAUGGUACAGUUGGCGACCCCUCUCAACAGUCGGUUGACGGGACAGUCACUGUGAGCCGCUUGGACGACAACUUCCCUCCAGUCUCGUGGCCAGUAUGCAACUCCCACUUCAAGGCACUUGUUUACAUGAUGCCCGGCGCCAAUCGCCUGCGCUUUGACUUCUCUAGCCCCAAGCUUGCCAACAGUGGAUCUUCCAACCCUAUUCACGCUUCCUACCUAACGGUUCAUAUGAUUCCUCCGGUUGCUGCACCACCACUGCAGCUUGCCAUACUGUUGGCAAAGGAUUCACCAGGCACGUUCGAUGCAGUCCCGGCCAGGAUCGAGAGGGAGGGUAAUGGCCUUGACACGGCGGUCCGCAAGCUCCGCAUGGCUGCGUACCUGUGGCAAGCCUUUACUGCGGAACAGAUGUGGCGCAACAAAUUCGGCCGUCGCACUUUUAGGUUUGAGGAGGAGUGGACGACAGGCACGGUCAACCAACGAGACAGGCAAAAUGGGACGAUGCGCUCCGAGGCGCGUGUUCAUGUCAUCCGAACCGACAAAACACUGGCAGAGCUACGGAAUCUGAACAGGGCACAGCAGAAUCCUAAUGCAUCCGACUCAGGGGGCCUAUAUGGCAUUGCCGCCGACGCUGUGCGCGACUAUUUCAAACCGCUACCCGGACAAAAGUUGUACGUGUCGGUUCUCCUGCUCGAUGCCCAUUGGGACACGGCCUCCAAGACAAUCGUGGGACAUGCUGCGCUGGGCGGAAAUGUUGGCGAUCUGCACCUGGGUGUGUUUGGGUCUCAUUGCCUCCAGAGCUACCCAACGAGCUUCGAGGAGGUUGUCCCUGCUUUUACCGACUGUACGCCUACAGACACGAACCAUGUGGGCAACGACUGCAAUGAUGCCGGGAGCUCGUGGGAGGCGGCCAACAUAGGAAUCGGCGCCCACAUGCACGAAACCGGGCACCUCUUUGGCUUGCCACACCAGGAGAGCGGGGUCAUGCUGAGGGACUACGUUACGCUGAACCGUACGUUUGUCUCCCGCGAAGCAUACUCGACCCGAACGCGGUCCAAGGGCGGUCCCGUGACACAGGAGGACGAGUGCACCUGGCACCGUCUGGACUGUCUUCGCUUUCGCAGCCACCCGUGCUUCCGACUGCCAAACGACAUGGUGCUGAAUUCGGAUGACAGCGUGCAGGCAUGGCCGGUAGAUGGCCUGACCGUCAUGGCAGCCACGGGUGUGUCGUUCAUCGAAAUCUUUGGCGAAGGGGAUGACGUGUGUCACAGUUGGAUCGAGUACCCCGCCGAAAAUGGCAGUGUCCAACGGUCAGUCACGCUGAGCGAGCAGGACUUGCGAAGCCGACUGCCCGAAGGCAAGCGGAAGGGAACCAUCAAGCUGGCGAUUAAGUCCCACGGCGGUGGCUCAUUGGAUAUUGACGACUGCAGCAAGUUCUGUUCGACCAAGUCUUGUCUGAAACUCCCAAGCGCUCUUCCUGGGAUUCCCAAGAAUGCCUACCGUGGCAAGAAGCUGGGAGCGUCGCAGCUGGAGGGUAGCCAGCCUCAUGAAUUUAUCUUCACCAGUGCUUUGAGACAAGACCGGGUCUUGUCACGUAUUAUCUUUUACCACGGCUUGGCUGUGGAUGGCUUGGAGUUUGUUUAUGACGAUGAUUCAAGACAAUUGUUUGGCAAGAGAGGCGGAAAAGAAGGGGGAGACACUUUUGAUAUGGAUAUUCGCCGUGGUGAAUACAUUACCGGCUUUUUUGUUCGCUCUGGCUUUUGGGUGGACGCUAUUCAGGUCUUGACAAGUUUGGGGAGAAGAUCGCCAUUGUUUGGUAAUGCCCACGGAGGCGAUGCCCACACACUGAUACCCCCCAGAGGCUACAACAUCUGCGGUGUCACCGGCAGCUGCGGCUCCUGGGUGGACGGCUUUUCCGUUAUCGUCACGAGAUGAUCCCUCGACAACAUGAGCAGCAGCCGAGAUGAGAUUAUUUUGUGCUUCCUUGACCUGUCACUUUUUCCUUCCUUUUUAACCUACGUCACCCACGAUUUUACUUAGCGUGCGAAACGCGGGACGAGGAACAAGAAACGGGGAUACUAAUCUAAUGGGUGUUACAUAUGAGGUGGCGGGCUUGGGAAAUAGACUUUUUUUUUUUUUUUUUUUUUUUUUUUUUCAUUACGCACACACACACACACACACACACACACACAUACACACACACACGCACGCACAGAGCCACCACACCCAUGACAUAUCACAUGGGUUAUAAAGGAUACCUAUCACUUUUUAUGUUGUUUAAUUGCUAGCGUUUUCGACCUAUGGGGCUUGAUUUUGGGGAGUGAAUGGGAAGCCUAACUUUUGUAUUUUCAUUCACCUGUCGGGAGGGACUUGAGGAACGAAAUUGGCCGUUGUCCUCGGUUACCUACUUUGGUGGAAGGGGGGGGAGGGGUUGGCAGGAAGGGGGAAACGGAAAUUCACUUUAUCAACUGCUUUUGGUGUGUGCUGCGUUUUUGGUGGGCGAGUUUUGAUUGAUUGGGAGAGAACACAUACAUAUACCCCUUUGGUACAUUACAUAUUACAUUGCGCGCUUUUGCAGAUUCUGUUUUUAUAUAUUGGUGGAGUUUGCAAAGAAUACAAUGGAUUGGGUUGUGCUUGCUUGAGGUUAGGUGCUAUGUUUUUUGUUUCAGGUCUUGUGUUGUGCUGGGUUGUGUGUGUAUGUGACUAUCCAUGAUGCGUGGUGGCUGGUUGUUGGGGCUGUUUAACUUAGUAUGCGUUCUGUUUUUGAGUAUCGGUCAAGGGCUGGGUUAUUUUUCAUUGUUGUGACCAGCUUGCAGGUUCUGGUAUUUUAUGGUGAGAUGGAGGCACUUUAACAGAGAGCGGCUGCUUUGCCCGAAGAAGUUGAUCUACCUGGUAAAGGUACCUACCCAGAUGUAACUGCCAACCCGGGUCCCGGACGCCUUGUCUCGUGGACGAAACUGGCGGGUCGGUUACUUGCCUAUGUGUGUGCAUUUCUAGGAGUACGUAUGGCACUACAGGUGUUUUCUUCCGAGGGCGCAUAUGCACAUGCUCUGCGGCAGGCAGUUGUUAUGGGAUGUUGUGCAUCGAGAUCGAUGUUGAUAUGACAAGAUUUGUCUAGUAAAGUGUUUGUUAUCAUCACCGUGUGCAUGAUGGGUGUGUAAACUGCUGGGUAUCUUUUUACUGAAUCGUCUCCCCCCAAGCCUUUCUUUAGGAAGCAAGCCAUUUCUUAGGUAGCUCACCAAAUCGAAUGACAUAUGUGCCGUUUUAGAGCCCAUCGUCAUCUACGUAGCUUCCCCCGACUAACCCCCGUGUAAACUAAGAAACCCGCCCUCUCUCCUCCGGACCGCUGUAUCCACCACGCCGUUCCUCAUUUUCUCCCAUAUAGUAGAUUAAUACCAUCCAAAUUCCAUUUUCCAUGUGCUGAAAAGUCUACUUCGACGACCUCGCCGCGCCCUCCGAGCAGAUAAUAGCCCUCUUGUCCUCCUCACUAAACAUCCCAGUCCCCUGCUGCAGCGCGCUGAUCAACACGGCGAUCGAAGAGUCAGGCUUGAAGUCAUCGGCUGAGCGGACCGCGUCGAGAGCCUCCCCGAAUUCUUGAGUCGCGCGCUGGAGGUAGUAGGACGUGAACUCGGCGUCGACUUGCUUUUGGGAUUUUUGCUGCUGCUGGGGUUCUGGUGAAGAAGACAUUUUGGCUUGAAGAUUCUUUUCAGGGAUUUAAGAGAUUUUAAGAAGCCGGAUUUCGAAUAUAUCCUUUCAGUUCGAUGUAGUCGAUGGGUGAGAGGAUGUAAAGUUCGGAAAUGAGUUGAGAGUGAGUGAAGAAAGGUUUUGGAAAGGGUUAGGGAAGGUUUAAGUGAUAUGGCCCGUGCACAUGCAAGGCCGAUGAGG